AUGGAGCGUGAUCAGCAUGUCUCUAAUAUUGAUUCUCAUAUUUUAGAUAUUGACGAAUCAAUUGGCAACUGAAACUCAAAGGAAUUUCAAAAGCCGACUCCCCAGAUUGACCUUAUAAGUGAAUUGUAUGAGUUUAAGAAAUCUCUUAAUACAAGCAAACAAAUCCUGUGCAAACAUUUAAAUGAAAGGAUCCGAAUUUUGCAAGACCAAAUCACUUCAUCAAUAAAUGAAAUUGAUAAGUUAGAAAAGUCUGUGAAGAAAUGAAUAGCUGCUGCUAAAGUUGACAAACAAUCUAAGAUUUCUAUUAGUGAUGUGCAAAAAUUAUCAAAAAUUUCUAUUUUAGCAAUCUCCAAUGAUACAAUUGAAGCAUUUAAAGAAGCUUUAGAGCAGCUGAAACCCAAUAUUGACUACAAUACAAUCGAUAUAUUUGAGCGCUACUAUGAUAGGAUUUUAGAAGAAUUAGAAAUUGAAUUAGAAUGAAAUAAGAAAAAGCAGGAGAUGAUAGAAGAAAAGAAAGAUGACUAUAAAGUUGAAAACAAAAAGUCUAGAAAAAGUCAGCGUGAUGAAAAUGAAGACUCGGAAGUAAAUGAAUAUGAUGUUUUGAUUGUUAUGAGACAUACCAGAGCUUCCAGAUUUGAAGCAACCAAUGCUCUCAAGUUAACAGGAAAUUUUUCAGAUGCGAUUAUUUAUAUUGCUAAAGGAAAGAUUCCAUAA